CAGAAUUUGCACCUGUCGCUCUUCCUCUUUGGUUCUUUCAUCAAGCUCCAGACCGGUCGCAUUUUGGCUGUUCUGGAGUUGUUUCAUUGUUUUUUCCAUCAUUGGGUUGUUGAAGCUUUACAGCAACGAUUGAGUUCAGGAUGGGAAUCUCAACUUUGAGAAUUGGCAGGAGUUUCAUAUCUAUCAUUUUCACCAAUAGAACCCUUCCUUGAUAUACCCAAUCAGGGAGCUCAUGCCUUUUUAGAGUGAUUUGGGUGGAAAUGGCGCUAACUGGGGUUUCAUCUGUCAAAGUAGAAAGGAGUGCACCGGGGUUUACAGCUGUUCUGACAUCUGCAGCUUGUGAAUGGUUUUUGAUUUUUCUGCUGCUUGUUGAUGCUGGGUUAUCAUAUUUGCUGACAAAAUUUGCUAGUUAUUGCAAUUUGCAAGCGCCCUGUAUCUUGUGCUCCAGGCUUGAUCAUCUCUUAGGCAAUGAGAAACCCAAGUUUUAUCGUCACUUACUUUGCAGGAACCAUAGAUCAGAGAUAUCAUCUUUGAUUUCUUGUCACAUUCAUGGUAAGCUUGCUGAUGGCAGUGGGAUGUGUGAGGGUUGCCUCUUGUCAUUCACCAUGAAGAACAAAUCAAACCCCGAAACUCACAGGUUGUUGGUGGGUAUAUUGGGGAUGGAUCUUGUUGGUUAUGGUUUCCAAAGCCCAGUGCUGAACAAGGAUUUUAUCUCUGGUUCCAUGGGCACAAAGCUCUGUUCUUGUUGCAAUAAGCCUUGGAGGUCAAGACAAAAUACCCAAAGAUCACUCCAACUACAAUCAUCUCAGAGUGGUUUUGCUAAACCUUACAUUCCUUUGCCUCGUUUGCCUAGCCGUAGCCGCAUAAAACGUCGAAAUAGCUUGAAGAAGAUAAGGGGUAAAUUUUCUGAGUCAGUGACAUCUCGCCGUCUAGGAAACGGUGGUUUUGAUCCCUUGUCUCAUGUAGGAUACUCUGAGCUGAAGAUCACUUCCGAUUCCGAGUCUGAGUUCCCAUUUUCUGAUAAUGACGGUGGUAGUAGUAUAAUUCGUGAAAAAACUGAGGCUAAGGAAGAUUUUGCUGUUCAAUGUGCUUCAGAAUUUCCAAGCAGGGCACUUUCCAGUGGUUUGGAUCUGAAACCACCGAGCCAUCUUUAUAAUAUCUGGCCUUCACUUUUAGAUCCAUGUGUGCAGCCUGAUGUUAGCAAGCGUCAGGAUGUGAAAUUCUCUGCUUCUAGAGUUGCAAUUGAGCAUGGUUUGAGUGAACUCAAUUGGCAGCAAGUCAACCAGAAGUCUGGUCCUUCUGCACCACCUGAGCUUAUUUCACUAGAUGACAUUCCUCAUGAAGAAUCAACAGAAAGCACUCCCAUGCCUCCUCUCUGUCAGAGUUCCAUUUCUACUGCAUUAGCUGAGCUUAUUACUCUAGAUGACAGCCCCCCAUCUGAUGGAACAUCACCAGAGAAGUCGGCAGAUGUUACUGGAAGAAGUGACAGUGGACAUGUCUCUAUCAAUGAGUAUGAGGAAGUACUAAAGUUGAUAAGUACAACAGCCGGAGCAUCUGUUAAAGGUGAUCAGACCGUUAAUGACCCUGCUGUUAAAAAGCCAGUUAUUGUUGAUCCAGAUGAUGUGCCUAAACAGGCUGUCAGUAUUGAGGAAAGAGAAGCCUCUGAUAUUGUUGCAGAACAACUUACUGUGAGCGAACCUGAUAGAGUCAACGAAGAAUUGGUGCUGUUGCCAGCAAAUGAUUAUUCUGCUCAACAGAUUUGCUUAUCAUCAAAUAGAACAAGUCCCAUACUACCUGGUUGUUGUGAUGAACAACAGAGAGCUGAUACUUCCAACUAUAAUGGAACUCGGAUGCUGCAUAAGUCGGCCUCAGUGGAAUCAAGUCUUGAAUCUUUAGAUGGAAGUUUAAGUGAAAUUGAAGGUGAAAGUCUUCUUGAUAGGUUAAAGCGACAGGUUGAGUAUGACAAGAAAUGCAUUAGAGCUUUGUAUAAGGAAUUAGAGGAAGAAAGAAAUGCUUCUGCAGUUGCAGCAAAUCAGGCAAUGGCCAUGAUAACGAGGUUACAGGAGGAGAAGGCAGCACUCCAUAUGGAGGCCCUUCAGUACUUGAGAAUGAUGGAAGAGCAAGCAGAAUAUGAUCUAGAGGCACUGGAGAAAGCUAAUGAUCUCCUGGUUGAAAAGGAGAAAGAGAUACAAGAUUUGGAAGCAGAGUUAGAAUUUUGUAGAUCAAACUUACCCGAGGGAAGUAAUGAUUUGAAAGGAGAAAAUGUCAUUUUGGAGAGUACUAGUGUACCUUCCUUUACAAAUAAUGUCAAUUUUCAUUGCAAGUCAAUGAUGACUGAGGUAUCAAAAGGAAGUUCUUUUGUUGCUGAAACUUCUUGCUUAGCAUUUGAAGAUGAAAAGUUGUAUAUGUCAGAGUGUUUGAAGAAAUUGGAGAGGAAGCUUUAUCAAAUUUCCGGUGAUAAGGCUUUGUCCAACAUGCCUUAUGGUGGACAUUCCGAAAAAUUUAUAGAUGGUAGAAAUGACCAGGAAAAAUCUCUUAAUAGCAAGGUGAAUCAAUCAAAUGGUCAUAUGGAAGAGAAUUGUUUGUAUGUGAAAAAAGACUUACAUUUAUCUAAUGGAAACUCUACUUCUCAUGAGGGGUCAACUGCUUCAGAUGGUGAUGAUCAUUUUGUUUGUAAGGAGAAAAAUUUAUUCUAUUCCAAUGGGCGAAAGCAUUCCAUGGAUGAAACCAAAAUCGGUUUGGUUGCUCUUGAAAAUGAAAUCUCAGACCUUAAUGAUAGAUUGGAAUCACUUGAGGCAGAUCAUGAUUUUCUUGAGCAUAGUCUUAACUCCCUUCAACAUGGAAAUGAGGGACUACAGUUUGUUCAGGAGAUUGCCCAACAACUGCAAGAAUUGCGGAAAAUUGGAAUAAGAUUAAGAUGUCAAUCUGUUCCUUGAGUGACAUGAAUCAUGACGUGAUGUAUACCAAAUCACUACGAGGAAACCAGAAAACAAAAGUCAAGACUAGAGGAAGAUUUUCAGCCAGUUGUGGGGUGCAAUGAUCGAAGAAGUCAUGGCUCGGUUUUCAGUUUGCCUGCAAAUAUGAAUAAUCAAGAUGGGGUUUCGCGUACAGGUACCACGAGAACAAAAUGGUAUAUAUUAGGAGAUAGCAUUGUCAACUUUGGAAGUAAUGUCUUCCGUCUUCCUUUGUUUUCCCUCUGAGUUUUGUUUGAUUAAAGAGAUGUUUGGGUUAACUCAUUUUGUUAUAUCAAAUGACAAGGAGAUGGUAAAACUGGUGAUUUUCUUUUUGGCUCAA